AUGGCAAGGGAUCAGUUACAAGUGUUGAACGCACUUGAUGUAGCGAAGACGCAAUGGUACCAUUUCACGGCGAUCAUAAUCGCCGGAAUGGGAUUCUUCACCGACGCCUACGACCUCUUCUGCAUCUCUCUCGUCACCAAGCUCCUAGGCCGCAUUUACUACCACGUUGAAGGCUCCCCGAAGCCUGGAACUCUCCCUCCUAAUGUCGCUGCCGCAGUCAACGGCGUUGCCUUCUGUGGCACGCUAGCAGGUCAGCUCUUUUUCGGGUGGCUCGGUGAUAAGCUCGGGAGGAAGAAAGUCUACGGCAUGACGUUGAUGGUCAUGGUUCUUUGCUCAAUAGCAUCCGGUCUCUCUUUCGGACACGAGCCAAAAGCCGUGAUGGCCACGCUCUGUUUUUUUAGGUUUUGGCUUGGAUUUGGGAUUGGUGGUGACUACCCUUUAUCCGCGACGAUCAUGUCUGAGUACGCUAACAAGAAGACUCGCGGCGCGUUUAUCGCUGCCGUUUUCGCUAUGCAAGGGUUCGGGAUCAUGGCUGGUGGCAUUUUCGCUAUCAUUAUCUCCUCCGCUUUUGAAGCAAAGUUCCCUUCCCCAUCUUAUGCGGAGGAUGCCUUGAGAUCCACGAUUCCUCAGGCUGAUUUAGUAUGGAGGAUUAUCCUGAUGGUCGGUGCUAUCCCGGCGGCGAUGACUUAUUACUCGAGGUCUAAGAUGCCGGAAACCGCAAGAUACACAGCUUUGGUUGCUAAGAAUGCAAAGCAGGCGGCUUCGGACAUGUCUAAGGUUCUGCAAGUGGAGAUAGAGGAAGAACAGGGGAAAGUAGAAGAGAACUCAAGAGAUAAAUCCAAAUCCUUUGGCUUGUUCUCCAAGGAAUUCAUGAAACGCCAUGGACUUCAUUUACUCGGUACUACGUCCACUUGGUUCCUUCUUGACAUCGCUUUCUACAGUCAAAACCUUUUCCAAAAGGAUAUCUUCAGCGCAAUCGGGUGGAUUCCUCCGGCUCAAACCAUGAAUGCGAUUGAAGAAGUUUUCAAGAUUGCACGUGCGCAAACCCUAAUCGCCUUGUGUAGCACGGUACCUGGUUAUUGGUUCACGGUGGCGUUCAUUGACGUCAUUGGAAGAUUCGCGAUUCAGUUAAUGGGUUUCUUCUUCAUGACGGUGUUUAUGUUUGCUCUGGCUAUUCCUUACAACCACUGGACUCACAAAGAGAAUCGUAUCGGAUUCGUGGUCAUGUACUCGUUAACAUUCUUUUUCGCUAACUUUGGACCCAAUGCUACAACCUUCGUUGUGCCGGCCGAGAUCUUCCCUGCAAGAUUUAGAUCCACGUGCCAUGGUAUCUCUGCAGCAUCAGGAAAGUUAGGAGCAAUGGUUGGUGCGUUUGGAUUCUUGUACUUGGCGCAGAGCCCAGACAAGACCAAGACAGACAAAGGAUACCCUCCAGGGAUUGGGGUCAGGAACUCGCUUCUAGCGUUGGGUGUGGUUAACUUUUUGGGUAUACUCUUCACUUUCUUGGUGCCUGAAUCUAAAGGGAAGUCUCUUGAGGAAAUGUCCGGUGAAAAUGAGGAGAAUGAGAACAGCAACAGCGAUACUAGAACGGUCCCAAUAGUUUAG